AUGCCGACAUGGCCGAUGCCGGACACCUCAAAAAGAUUCAAACACACAAAGAAAUGGAAGAGAAAACGGAACGACAAGAGUCACGAACACACCCACCCAGACGUCCCCGAGUCAGGCUCUGACCCCCAUCUGCCUGCCACUGGCGCUCUCCCACUCUGGCGCUCUGGCGCUCUCCAUGCGCGCGCCCCCCCCGGCACCAGCCGCCGGCCGUACCCGAAACCACGGGCAGUAACCCGCGCACGACCAGGGCCUUCAUCCCGCGCAGAAGAAGAAAUCGCGGCAGACAGAAGGACACUAGUUAUCCGUAGCGCGCAUGCAUGUGUGUGCAUGCAACGCUGCUCUCCAGACUUUGCCGUCUCUGGGCUCCUGGAGUCCGGGACACAAGCCUAG